AGAGACUAGGCAGAGUACUACACUCGUUAUAUGUUAAUUACAUGCAUAAACAAACUCCAUCCUUCUCAUCAAUCAUCACUACCCUGUAAUCCAUCACAGAAACAAUUACAGUGAAAACCCAUCAUUCAAAACACCCAUAACCGCUCCCUCUUUCCUUCCUUCAGCUUCCGUACAUUCUCAUACUAAUUAGCCUUAAUGGCCAAAAUAGAGCUUAACUUUAGGCAGAGAGCUUCAGCAAUAGCAGCGAUGUUAAUGUUGAUAUUGCUUAGUCUAUUAGCCACAAGCAAUUUUACUAGUGCAGAGAGACUAUUAUUUAAAGAACAAAACCACACCAAGGUCUUGGUUGAUCAUGAGAAGGAAAAGAGUUUUCUACAAAAAGCAGCUCAUUUUCUUUGGCAGAGUGGGAAGUCUUCUUAUGAGCCUGUUUGGCCAGAGAUGGAGUUUAAUUACAAAAUUGUGGUGGGAACAAUAGUUGGAUUCCUUGGUGCAGCAUUGGGUAGUGUUGGAGGAGUUGGAGGUGGUGGAAUUUUUGUGCCAAUGCUUACCUUGCUCAUUGGUUUUGAUCCCAAGUCUUCUACUGCUAUUUCUAAAUGUAUGAUAAUGGGUGCUGCAGGAUCAACAGUAUAUUACAAUAUGAGACUCAGGCAUCCAACCCUGGACAUGCCCCUCAUAGACUAUGACUUGGCACUGCUUUUUCAGCCCAUGCUCAUGCUAGGAAUCAGCAUAGGAGUUGCCUUCAAUGUCAUGUUUGCCGAUUGGAUGGUUACGGUUCUGCUCAUUAUCCUCUUCAUAGGUACAUCAACUAAAGCUUUAUUCAAAGGCAUAGACACAUGGAAGAAAGAGUCAAUGAUGAAAAAGGAAGCAGCGAGGCAAUUAGAAUCAGAGUCCAAGCCAAAUGAUGGUGAAGGACAAGAUUACAAACCAUUGCCAAGCGGUCCAGUUGCUCUUGAAGAUGAGGAAAUUUCCUUAUUUCAAAACAUUUACUGGAAAGAGUUAGCACUGCUGGUGUAUGUAUGGGUGGGCUUUCUUGCUGUUCAAAUUGUUAAGUCGUAUGUUAGAACCUGCUCUGUGGCAUACUGGAUUCUGAAUGCCUUGCAGGUACCAAUAGCUGCCUCAGUUACACUAUUUGAAGCAAUAUGCUUACGAAAAGGGACCAGGGUGAUAGCAUCCAGAGGAAAGGAAAUCACAAACUGGAAGUAUCAUCAGAUUUUGCUUUAUUGUUCAUGUGGGAUAAUAGCUGGCAUGGUCGGUGGACUUCUUGGUCUAGGAGGUGGCUUCAUCUUGGGACCUCUUUUUCUUGAAUUAGGAAUUCCUCCUCAGGUAGCAAGUGCAACAUCAACCUUUGCAAUGGUAUUCUCAUCUUCAAUGUCGGUUGUGCAGUAUUAUCUUCUCAAGCGUUUUCCUGUCCCAUAUGCUACCUUUUUUGUCUUAGUGGCGACUGUUGCUGCGUUAGUAGGGCAGCAUGUAGUCAGAAAGAUUAUUGCAAUUCUUGGAAGAGCAUCAAUAAUCAUAUUCAUUUUGGCUUUGACAAUUUUUGUGAGCGCAAUCAGCUUAGGUGGAGUGGGUAUAGCAGAUAUGGUUGAGAAGCUGACAAAUGAAGAAUACAUGGGGUUUGAGAAUCUAUGCUACUAAGUCUGUUUCCAUCAGAGUGGGAAAUUCUUACCAGACAAAUCCAUACUACAAGCUCCAUUUGUUUCCAACUAAACAUAUAUAUUUGUUAUUGAACAUUUAAUUAUUGUGUACAAGUAUCAGCUGAAACCUUUGUAGCUGGAUUUCUUCA